UAUCAGGGUCACAGUGGCCUGAAAAAGUAAAUUAUUAAUAGUAACUACUGGAAAAGAAUAUAAAAGGACUCUUCAGUUCUCUCAAAUGAUAGAUCAUCUUCUAUAAAAGUUCAUCUGAAAUAAUGAAGACUAUUAGAUCCAUAUCUUUUCUUGUUUUCUUCAGCUACAUUCAAUGUCAAACUCUUCAGAGAAGUUUACUAGAUGCAGCCUUGCAGCACAUUAAUAGUCAGAAUUAUCUGGAGGAGAACUUAAGACAUAUCACUAGCAUUAUGGUUGCUCAGUUUCUUCAGAAAUCAACUUAUGAGGAAGUACAAACUGUAGUUAAAGAGCUGGUAGGUCUUGCAGAGAAGUGCAAGGUCCUUAAGUCACAUGAGUCACUUUCAGAAUGCUCUCACCAACUGAUGACUGUCUUCCUGGAGCAUGUUUGUAACAAUCAAGGAAUGGCUGACAAACAUCUGUUUUCUGAGUGUUGUAAUAUAAACAACACAGCAAGACUCAAGUGCUUCCUUUUAAACAAAAAAGAUGAUGCAGGUUACAAUGAUAUAUUCCAAAUCCCAAAUCCUGAGCAGAUCUGUGAGAUGGACAAAGAGAAUCAAGUGUCAAUGAAGGAGAGGAACAUUUAUGAAACUUCUAGAAAGCAUCCAUUCUUGUAUGGACCCACUAUUCUGACCAUGUCUGCUUGCUAUGAAACAGCAAUUCAGUCAUGUUGCCAAGAAGAAAAUAAGUCUGAAUGUUUCCAGAUAAAGCUCGAACCCAUCAGAACGUACAUUAGAGAAAUAUCUUUGAGACAUCAUCAUUUAUGUGAAAUUGGGAUUAAAUUCAGUCACAACGUAGCAAAAGCAGUGGUAUUGGUUCUGCUGACUAAAAAACAACCUAAAGCUAGCUUUUCUGAAAUUGCCAAACUGGCCGUGGAUGUUAAAAAUCUGCAUCAGACCUGUUGUGAAGGAAAUACAGCAGCCUGUGUGCUUGGCAGGAGCCAGCUUAUGAACUACACCUGCUCUAAUCAAUCUAUCCUGUCCAGCAAGAUUGCUCCAUGCUGUGUGUUGACAGAGCCAUUCCGAGGCGAAUGCAUUAUCAACUCAGAAAAUGAUGAUAAACCUGAUCUUUCAUGUCUGCCUAUCAGCAGAUUUACAGAAGAUCAAUUUGUAUGCCAACAAUUCACUGACAAGCAAGACGAUUUCCUACACGAGUUUCUUUACGAAUAUUCAAGAAGACAUCCAGAGUUGGCAGUUCCAGUGAUUUUAAGAGUGGAUACAGUGUAUCGAAAUUUGUUGGGAAAAUGCUGUAAAUUAGAAAAUCCCUUGGAAUGCUAUGGCCAUGGGAAAGAAAUGUUGCAAAGAGUAGUUCGUGAAAGCCGUGAGCAUGUAAAAAAUCACUGUGACUUACGGGAGGAGUUAGGAGAGAGUGACUUCCACGACAGGCUCGUAGUCCUUUAUACUAAGAAAGCCCCACAACUAUCCACCCAAGAGUUGGUUAUGUUCACGAAGAACUUGGCAGCUGCUUCCACCAAAUGUUGCCCACUGAGUGAUGAACAGCAGUUUGUCUGCAUGGAGGACUCGGCAAAGCUAAUUCUUGGAGCUCUAUGCAGAAGACAUGAGGCAGAGCCUAUCAAUGCUGCUGUGGGUCACUGUUGUGAUAACUCAUAUGCCUUCAGGAAGCCAUGCUUUGAUGAUCUUACAGUAGACGGGACCUAUGUUUCUCCACAUUCAUCCUGUGACCAAGUCAUUGACUUUAAAGAGGAGUUGUGCAAAGCUCAGGAGGAGGAAUUCCAAACUGAAAAGCGAAAGCUCCUCAGCAACCUUGUGAAGCAGGUACCAUUGGCAACAGAGAUGCAGCUCCAAUCAGUUACUGAGGAUUUCGCUCACCUGGUGAGGAAGUGCUGCCAAGCAGAGACAAGGGGACCCUGUUUCCGAGAGGAGGGCUUCAAACUGAUGGCAAAGUGCCAAGCUCUCCUGGAAGGCUAAAUGAUCCCAGAAAGUGUCUGUGUAGGAUCUUUGCUUCGAUCUGCAUUUUAUUUUUCAUGAAUAAAGAAAUGCAUGUCUAAUA